UCGUACUAUGGUCGGCCGACAACCUCUGUCUCGAGUACUGUUACUUUCGUUGGUGCUGGUGGUCCAGAUCGGGGUGUCCGCGGUGCGGGCACAUCAACUAGAGUGUGGAAGAAGCUUCCGAAGAUCCAGGCAGCCUAGGAUUGGCUCUGUAGGAAGAAUUAUCAAUGGAAAGCAAAGCAUUAAAGGAGCUUGGCCUUGGCAAGUGUCUUUGCAGCUUCUUCAUCCACAGUUUGGAUUUCUAGGUCAUUGGUGUGGUGGUGUGAUGAUAUCACAGGAAUGGUUGCUCACUGCUGCUCACUGUAUUCACAACGAUUUGUUCAAUUUGCCAUUGGCUGCUCUAUGGACAGCUGUUCUAGGAGACUGGGACCGAGAUGUUGAGGAGAAAACUGAAGAAAGGAUACCAGUAGAGAAAAUAAUUCUUCACGAGAGAUUUCACAAUUUCCAGCACGAUAUUGCAAUGAUGAAACUGACUAGACCCAUAAAAUUCACCUCCAAAACCAAAAUAAGAGCUGUGUGUCUACCAGCUCAGCAUCUCAGCCACAACCAAACUGACUUUUGCGUAGCCACAGGCUGGGGCAGAGACGUGGAGGAUGGUAUUUUGGCUGGUAGACUUCUGGAGGCUAAAGUACCUGUCCAUGAUAACGCAGUAUGCAAGAAAAAGUACGGCCAUUCUGUCAGUAUUAGGAACGGUCAUCUGUGCGCUGGACAUUUGGAUGGAACUACAGGAACCUGUGUG